GUAAAACCCGAAGGCCAUAAAUCAAACCAGAACCAGUGGCCGUAUUCUUUUAUCCACUGAAGCCUUCGUCUUCUACAAUGGCAAGAACAGCAUGCAAUAGUCUUCUUUCUUCUGUAACUCUUUUUCCAAGCAAAGCCUCCUUUUUCACCGAAAUUCCUCAAUUCGUAACUGCUUUGAAUGGGUCCAAAACGAGAUUAUACUCUUCCAAAGUAACCAUGAGCUUAAGAGCCGGCAUUGUUGGUCUUCCCAACGUCGGAAAAUCAACUCUCUUCAAUGCUGUUGUUGAAAAUGGGAAAGCACAAGCUGCUAAUUUCCCGUUUUGUACGAUAGAGCCAAACGUGGGGAUUGUUGCGGUUCCGGAUCCUCGGCUUCACGUUCUUUCUGAACUCAGCAAGUCUCAAAGAGCUGUCCCUGCUUCUAUUGAGUUUGUUGACAUUGCUGGUCUCGUUAAAGGUGCUAGUCAAGGGGAGGGAUUAGGAAAUAAAUUCUUAUCGCAUAUCCGUGAAGUGGACUCCAUUCUUCAGGUUGUACGCUGUUUCGAGGAUAAUGACAUUGUUCAUGUGAAUGGAAAAGUUGAUCCCAAGUCAGAUAUUGAUGUAAUCAAUUUGGAACUUGUUUUCUCUGAUUUAGAUCAGAUUGAGAAAAGAUUGGAGAAGCUUAAAAAGGGAAAGGCGAAGGAUUCACAAUCUAAAGUAAAGGAGGAAGCAGAAAAGUCUGCCUUGGAAAAGAUUCAGCAGGCACUUAUAGAUGGAAAGCCAGCACGAUCCGUUGCACUAAACGACUACGAAAAGGAUGCUGUGAAACAUCUUUGCUUGCUGACUAUGAAACCAAUCAUAUAUGUGGCCAAUGUAGCAGAAUCAGAUCUUGCUGAGCCUGGAAAUAAUUCCUAUGUUAACGAAGUGAUGAAUCUUGCUUCUGAAUUUCAGUCUGGAAUUGUAACAAUUUCUGCACAGGUUGAAUCAGAGCUCACUGAACUUCCGUCAGAAGAACGAACAGAAUUCUUGAAAUCUCUUGGUGUCAGUGAAAGUGGACUUGGAAACCUUAUUAGAGAAACAUAUAGUCUUCUAGGGCUACGUACGUACUUUACAUCUGGGGAGAAGGAAUCAAAAGCAUGGACAAUACUUGCAGGAAUGACUGCUCCUCAAGCUGCCGGAGUCAUUCACUCUGAUUUUGAGAAAGGCUUCAUUCGUGCUGAGACGGUAUCCUAUGAUGAUUUUGUCGCGUCUGGUUCACUAGCAGCAGCAAGAGAGAAAGGACUUUUGAGAUCCGAGGGUAAAGAUUACGUAGUACAAGAAGGAGACGUACUGCUGUUUCGCUUCAACGUUUGAUGACUGUUCUUCCGACGCCGAAGGCAAAUUCAUGAUUCUUUUUCCCAUCAAAGCAGUGAACAAGAAAUGUAAAACUCUUUGGUUUUAUAUACGACAGUUGUCUAAGAGACUAAGACCAUGUUCAACGUCAGGAAAAUAGUAUAGGAUUGAAAUUAUUCUUUCAUCAUAGCCAAACCAAGAGAUAUUUUCGGAUAUUUUGCUUGAAGAAUUGUUUGUCUGUAAUUCAAAAGUAAAACGAAGGUAAACCCAAGAUUCAGUCUAGUUGGUUCUUACAUUCAACGUCUAUAGCAUAU